AGCGUUUAGUGGCAAUGGAGUCAGUUGGGUUGUGUCAGAUUUGUUUGUUGUGACAAUUUGUGAAUUAAAUGGGAAUUCAUCAUGUCCCAAUGGAAACGAGUGAAGGAUAGGGAAAAAUAUGGAAUAGCGAUACACAACUUCAGCGAGGAUGCGACACAGAGGCUCAAGCUGACGGUGGGAGAGGCGGUCCACAUCCUGGAGGAGAAUGGGGACUGGUACUUCGGUUACCUGGCGACCAACCGCUCGCUGCGCGGGAUAUUCCCCAAGAGCUACGUCCACCUGUUGGACGUCGUCGUCGACAGAUCUGGGCCCAUAGAGGUGGUGUCGACGAAGCAGCCGUCGGUGGUGCAAGAAAUAACCUCGGUGCUGCGUGAAUGGGGUCAGAUCUGGAAGCAUCUUUAUGUCACGCACAAUGAAAAUUUUGAAACAAUCAAAAAUAGAAUCUAUGAACUUAUUGGGUACCGGAGCAAGAUCCUCUCUGGCACACUGCCAAUCGAUGAGCUCAAAGAGAUUAAACGUUUAGUAACUUCAAAAAUAGACAUGGGAAACAAGUUACUGGACUUGGAUAUGGUAGUAAGAGACGAACAAGGCAACAUUCUGAAUCCUGAUGUGACAUCUACUGUUCAGCUUUAUUACCAACACAAAAUAGCUACAGAAAGGAUAAAAAGGGAAUCUUCGGCGGUGGAGCGGAAGCCCGUGAGAGUGGCGACGCACUACUCGCACAUAUUCUUCGUGUGCGUGAGGAACUUUGUGUGCAAGAUGAACGAAGACGCGCAGCUGCUGAUCACGCUGUACGACUCGAGGGAGAGCCGCGCGGUGACGGAGAACUACGUGGUGCGCUGGAGCCGCGAGGGACUCGUCUGCGAGAUCGACCAGCUCCACAACCUGAAGGUGCUGUUCACGGACCUGGGCAGCAAGGACCUCCACCGGGACCGAGUGUACCUGGUGUGCUACGUGGUGCGCGUGGGGGCCAUGGAGACGCGCGAAGCCGACCACCGCCGCAGCUCCCACGUGCCGCGCAAGCCGCAGCCCGACGCCGUGCGCCGCCCCUUCGGCGUGGCAGCCAUGGACGUCACCCCCUACCUCAGCGGGCGGCUGGACAGCGACGAGGAGAAGCAGCACUUCAUUCCCUUCCUGCAGUGCUGCGAGGGAGACAACCUGGACGGCACGCUGCGCAGGAUCCUCACGCUCAAGGAGCUGUCGCAGAAGGACCACAAGGGCAACGGCCUCUACACCAGCUUCCGGCUGCUACACGGCGACCUCAAGCAGGUGCGGGAGGAGAACCCCCACCUGGUGCUGGGCAACAUGGCGGUGGCCCGCAAGAUGGGCUUCCCGGAGGUCAUCCUGCCGGGAGACGUGCGCAACGACCUCUACCUCACCCUGGUGAGCGGGGAGUUCUCCAAGGGCAGCAAGUCCACCGACAAGAACGUCCAGGUCACCGUCACCGUGUGCAGCGAGAAGGGCCACAGCAUCCCGGGAGUGAUCUCGCUGGGCGGGGGCGCGGAGCCGAUGAACGAGUACAAGUCGGUGGUGUACUACCACGAGGACAAGCCGCGCUGGCAGGAGAUCUUCAAGGUGGCGGUGCCCAUCGAGGAGUUCAAGGGCAGCCACCUCAAGUUCCGCUUCAAGCACCGCUCCUCCAACGAGGCCAAGGACAAGUCCGAGAAGCCCUUCGCCAUGUCGUACGUGAAGCUCAUGCAGAACAACGGCACCACCCUGUGGGACAGCCAGCACGAGCUGCUCGUCUACAAGAUAGACCACAAGAAGUUCGACGAGAGCGACCUGGGCUACCUCACGCUGCCGUCCACCAGGAGCGAGGUGGUGGUGGGGCAGAAGCCCCAGCUGGGAGGCCUCAGUCUCAGCUCCAAGGACAGCUUCACCAUCCACACCAACGUGUGCUCCACCAAGCUCACGCAGAACGUGGACCUGCUGGGGCUGCUGAACUGGGCGGGCAGGCCGGCGGGCCUCGUCGACUCCCUCACGGCCCUCAUGAAGGUGGACGGGGAGGAGGUGGUCAAGUUCCUGCAGGACGUGCUGGACGCCCUCUUCAGCAUCCUCAUGCAGAACUCCGACUCCGACCUCUACGACAACAUGGUCUUUGAGUGCCUCCUGUACAUCAUUGGAUUAGUCUCGGAUAGAAAAUAUCAACAUUUUCAGCCUGUCUUGGAUCUUUAUAUUAAAGAGAGUUUCAGUGCUACAUUAGCCUACAGCAAGCUGAUGGUGGUGCUCAAGUGCCACAUCGACAACGCGCCCGCGCUCUCGCUCUCCGCUGACCCCAAGGAUAACCUGCUGCUGCGCACCAUGAAGUCCAUCCAGUACUGCAUGCGCUUCAUCGUGCGCUCCCGCUUGCUGUUCUCUGAGCUGAACGAGGGCAAGGGCCAGCAGCAGUUCGAGGCGCAGCUGAGGCAGCUCCUGCAGAGCAUCACGGGGCUCAUGUGCUACGACACGGACCACACGCUGGCCGUGCAGGGCGCCUGCCUUAAGUACCUGCCCUCCGUCAUCCCCGACGUACUGCUCGUCUUCAACUGCACCCAGCUCAGCGCGCUGCUGACGGACCUGGUGAACAAGAUGCCGCCCGGCCGACUGACCAAGCAGAAGAUGGCGAUGAUCGACGACGUGGUGCACAGCCAGCUGUUCCUGUGCUCGGACUGCCGCGCCGUGCUGCUGCCGGUGGUCACCGUGCGCGUCAAGGAGCUGCUGGACGCUCGGGACGAGCAGGGGUACGGAGGCGUUGAGUUCCGUAACAAGGAUAAGUCUGUGGCCAAGGUUGCCAAGGUGUUAGGUGAAGCCAAGCACACACUUCACUCGCACCGCGGAUACUCCGAGGAAAUGGAGCUGUGUGUGAAAAUCCUGAGCGACAUCAUGGACUUGUUGUUCCGCAUGGACAUUGGUCCAACCAUCCAUGAUAUUACCGAGAUAAUGCUCACCGUACUAAGGACCAUAAUCCAGACUACCAUCUCCAUGGACAGAGAGAGUCCGUUAGUGGGCAACCUGAUAGCCGUGAUGGUGGCGGUGUUCCGGCAGAUGACGGCGCACCACUUUGAGCGCUACAUCACGCACUUCAUGACCAGCACGGACCUGCUGGACUUCCUCAUGGAGAUCCUGCUGGUGUUCAAGGACCUGGUGUCGCGCCCCGUCUUCCCCCGCGACUGGUGCGAGAUGAUCAUGCUGCAGAACUGUGUUAUUUUGAAGUCGCUACGGUUUUUCUCUCAUACUAUCCGGGACUACUUCUUCAAACCAUUUGAAAUUCAGGCAUGGAAUAAUUUCUUUCAUUGUGCCAUUGCAUUUCUGACCCAGCCGGCACUACAACUGGAGACAUUUUCCCAGAACAAGAGGAGUCAUAUCAUUGGUCGAUACAAAGACAUGCGACGAGAGACUGGCUUUGAGAUUCGAGCCAUGUGGUACAAUUUAGGUCAAAACAAAAUAUUUUUUGUUCCUGGACUCGUGGGCUCGUUUCUGGAAAUGACUCUAAUCCCGGAGACAGAGCUGCGGAAAGCAACCAUUCCCAUGUUCUUUGACAUGAUGCAGUGCGAGUUCUACUCGUCCCGGUUCGGGGAGGGUUACGGCGACACCAAGCGAGACAGCACGCACAUCAAAGCUAACUUCAGUGAGUUUGAGAACGAGAUGAUAGCCAAGCUGGACAUCCUGGUGGAGGGGGGGCGAGGGGACGGCCAGUACAAGGAGCUCUUCUUCAGCAUCAUGAUGAGUCAGUGCGACAAGCACUGCACCAUGAGAGAGCAGGGAAUCAAGUUUGUGAAGACUGUGACGCGGCUGAUGGAAAGGUUACUGGAAUACCGCUCGAUCAUCACUGAUGAAAACAAAGAGAACAGGAUGAGUUGCACUGUGAACCUGCUGGACUUCUACAGCGAGAUCAACCGCAAGGAGAUGUACAUCCGGUACGUGAACAAGCUGUGCGACCUGCACCUGGAGUGCGACAACUACACGGAGGCUGCGUGCACGCUGCGGCUGCACAGCAAGCUGCUCAACUGGUCGGACGCCGUGCUGCCGCCGUUGCUCCGCAGCAACAAGUUCCCGCUGUGCCAGACGCACCGCCAGCUCAAGGAGGCCCUCUACUACAGCAUCAUCGACCACUUCGACAAGGGCAAGAUGUGGGAGUGCGCGCUGAGCGUGUGCCAGGAGCUGAUGGAGCAGUACAAGGAGGAGACAUUCGACUACAUCCAGCUGAGCGCGCUGCACAAGCGCAUGUCCCAGUUCUACGACAACAUCAUGAAGCAGAUCCGGCCCAAGCCCGAGUACUUCCGGGUCGCCUUCUACGGCAGGGGCUUCCCUCCGUUCCUGCAGAACAAGGUGUUUGUGUACCGGGGCAAGGAGUACGAGCGACUCAGCGACUUCAGUAACCGGACGUUGAAUCAGCUGCCGAACGCGGAGCGCAUGGGGAAGCUCAACCCUCCGGGGGAGGAGAUCACGGAGUCGCCACAUCAGUAUGUACAAAUCAACAGUGUUGAACCACUCAUGGACGAGCGCAAGCAGAGGCUAUCUGGGAAGCCAGUCUGUGAUCAAAUUCUCCGCUAUCACAGGGUGAACGACGUGCAGAAGUUCCGCUUUUCGCGGCCGUUCCACCGGCGGGACCUGGAGGUGUCCGCGGACGCAGAUAACGAGUUCGGGAGCCUGUGGUUGGAGCGCACGGUGCUGGUGACGUCGUACCCGCUGCCCGGGAUCCUGCGGUGGUUCCCCGUCACGUCCACGGAGACGUACCUGGUGAGCCCGCUGCGCAACGCCAUCGAGACGAUGGAGGCCACCAACAAGGCCUUGCGCGACCUGGUGGUGGCUCACAGCAGCGACCCCUCCCUGCAGCUCAACCCCCUCAGCAUGAAGAUCAACGGCAUCGUCGACGCUGCCGUCAUGGGCGGCAUCACCAACUACGAGAAGGCCUUCUUCACGCCGGAGUACGAGGAGGCGCACCCGGACGAGGCGGGCUCCAUCGCCAGGCUGAAGGAGCUGAUAGCGAGCCAGAUCCCGCUGCUGGACCUGGCCGUGCAGCUGCACAAGCGCCGCGCCCCGCCCUCGCUGCUGCCGCUGCAGAAGAGGCUGGAGGAGUGCUUCGGCGAGAUGCGCGCGCACGUCGAGGACCACUACGGCAAGAAGACGACGGACCUGAAGCUGGAGGUGCCGUACAGGUACAGUCCCAGAAGGCAGUUCAGCGCGGGCAACGUGGAGGACAACCGGCUGUCGGAUCUCAGCAUGACCCCGUCUGAAGGGAAUAGGUCACGAGUGUCCAGUCUAACACGCUCUCAAGUUGCAACCCUGAAAACCUUUGCCACUUUCCAUUUUGCCAACAUGAAUGCGAACUCGUCCAUAGGAAGAGCCGCGUCCUUCGCGCAGUCCCCGGGAAAGUCGGCGACGGCCUCCCCCGCGGUGUCGCUGCGGUCGGGAAGCGUGUUCUCCAAGUCGGGCGGGGGCGCGGGCACGCCCAAGGGCUCCAUGAAGCGGGAGAAGAACAAGGACAAGCGGCGCGGCUCCAAGAGCAAGGGCGAGGCGGAGGGGGCGCCGGCGGGACCGCAGUCACCCUCCAAGGGCAGCACGUGGUACACCUCCACCUUCGAGCAGGAGGCGCCCUCGUGGCCUUCGCUGCAGGCCUCGGCCGCCACCAUGGUGUUCGAGCUCAGCCAGCAGCUGACCUCUACACGGCCCCUGCGCUCGGAGGUGGAGCGCGAGAAGAGGCUCAGCCGGCCACCGAGCGGCCAGUUCACGGCCGGCCGACUCGUUUCCACCACCUCCAUCCGCCUCAACGGCUCGGGCAGCAACAGGGACUCCAUCGGAACCACAGACUCCACGGCCAGCGAGGAGGACGGAGCCCCACCGCCCCUGCCCCAGAAGAACCGCGACGCGGACUACUGCAACUUGCCUGGAGAUGACGAUGCGGAGAACGAGCCGGCGAGGCCACCCACCGUACCAAAGAUCAGGCACAAACCGCCGUGCCCGCCGGAGCCCUUGGAGCACGGCCUGCCGCCCACGCCUCCGCCCAAGAGGGCUGUGCUCAAGUCCCCCCAGCUCUGAGGUCCGGCUGCGCUGCGCAGUACAAACACGCACACACUUCAAACAUCUCAUAUUUAUGUGGAGUCGAGGAGGUUCCGAAGGUCUGGGGACAGGUCGGUUCCGACUCUUCCGACUCCCGCGUGUCUGGUGUUCUCGUCCACGUUCCCUUGUGCCAUAAGCUGAUGCUUUCUGGAAUAUUGUUCUUGAGUUGAUAACGCUCCAUGUAACAUUAACCCAAGGGACAAGUGAAUAUUGUUGACUUAUAAUUAGAGACAAGAUUCUAUGGUUUGAAUUUAGUCCAAAUUUCAUUUUUAAAACAGAACAUUUUGGUUUUAUUGGUUUUUAUUUUGAUGAAAGCUGGUUGGUAAUACUUACUCCACCGAAAUAGUGGUGCAAUUUAUUUGCUGCAUUUUUACAAUAAAAUAAUAUGUAUUGAUUUAGUCUAAAAUAUAUGCAUUCAGAACAACAAAAAUAAAUUGGCUAUCAUUUGUGGUUUAAAAUAAUAAGAGAUGCACAAUAACAACAAAUUAAUUUUUUCUGUUCCAUCCACUUUGGUAAAAAAUUUUGUCUGGAAAUGAGAUUACUUGAAUUUCAAACAUUAUGAAGAUAAUUUUUUUUUUUUUAUCAUUUGAGUUGAGUUUUGAUUAAAUGCUAUUUAAUUCCAUGAUAUAACUUGCAUUUUGGUGCUACAUGAUGAAUUAACUUGCAUUUCGGUGUUAUUUCAGUUUUGUCGCAGUUCACCAUAACAUCUUGUCCCUACUUAUGUUGCAUCAGAGUAUCUGGUGUUACAAAAAGUUAGUGUAAACUGAGUAAAGUAUUUGUCAAAGGCUGUUAAAAGAGGGUUCGUACUUGUGCAAAGCAGGGGCAGUUUUCUUGUGUGUGUAUCGCUGGCACAAAUGCAACAAUGCGUUUCUCCAGUUUUCACUUCUGUGCCUGAAAAAAAAAAUACAUUAAAAAUAAAUUCUGCUUACUGAAAGAAAUAUCUAUUUUUGACUAUGUAAUGUGAGAUUUUUUUAAUUAAAAAAAAAUCCAGAAAAGUAAAUACCACAUAUUUCACACCACAGAAAAUUUUCCAGUACAAACAAGUCAGUACAGCAAUGUUAUGUGAUGUGAUAUGAUUGUGAAUUGAAGACAUGUUUUGUUGCAUCUUCAUAUGCUUGCAAUUUCAGGUUAAUUGAAAGUAUUUCAGAGUUGGCUGUUUUAUUCGGUGGAAUGCACUCACCAUGCAACAUUGCGUGCUGUAGAUGCCAAUUCCAGUUUUGAGCAAGCUGAAUCUAUCUCAUUUUUUAUACCUAGAAUAGUUCUGGUGUUUAGUUUUUGAAAACUUUGCCCCACUUUCUACUACCCUACCACUGCUGUUUCAGUAUCCUCGAAAGCUGUUUUCUCAGUUCGAGUAUUGAUAAGCAGAAGCUGUUGUCCACUGUGUAACUGAGAGUUACAUCCCUACUUUGUUUUCUGUUGGUGCCCAGUUUCAUUUGAGGGACCCAAAUGUUAAACUGCAAAUAAAACAACUGUUUCAGUGGUUAUUGAUGUAGGAGAGAUGCAUGGUAAAUCCUUCAAGGUUUUAUGAAAUGUUAUUGUACUUAGCAAGUAACCAUUUUAAUUUGUGUUAAUGUUUUUUAUGGUUUUUAGUUAGUAAAAUUAGUUUUUACAUGUUAUGUAUUUGUGUAACAUAAACCUACUGAAACAUUACCAAAUGAAAUGUUUGUGGUCAAAAAAUUUUAUUAAAGCUUAUUUAUAGAAUAGGCCAUGAUGCAUUCAAAAAGUAGUGUAAACUUACUACUAAAUUUAUUUUUAAAAACCGAGAACCAAAAACCUGUUUUUAUAGAAAGCAUGACUACUAAGACCAAAAUGAAAAGUGGAACCGAUAUAUCUCUACAGCAUAAGGACUUGUGGAUGAGAGGAGUGGUACAGAUCUGUGAUCAUUUCUCCUUCACCUUUUCUCACUUCUUCCAUUUAAGUACUCAGUUAGUAUUGUGUGGUGUUAAAAUUAAACUUAACAUUGUUUGUUAGAACACUAAAUUAUUUGACAUCACAGUGUGUUCGUAAAUAAAGACAACUUUUGGUUUGUGUGUAUUUUUGUGUAAAAAUGAGUGGUCGUCCAAAGGCCUAGUUUUAUUUUUUAUUUUUUAAUUUUUAGCCAAAAAAAUUUAUAUACAUAAGUAAAAUUUGUGUGAGUGUUUUACAAACCAAUUUCUGACCAAAGGUGUACAAUAAUUUGUAUGGUUAUUGUUUUAAUAAUUAUGUAGAGGAUUUGUGUUAGAUACCAAGUAGUUUAGUGUGUGUGUAUGUGUGUGUUGUGUUUAGCAUAAAUGUAGCCCAAUAAGUAUAACUGGAAUGGUACCUGCUUUUUAAAUUUAGUGUCAGCACCAGCAGUGUUCAUGUCACAGUUGUUAAGGGUCUGAGCUGCUGUGAAGAUUGUUUAAAGAACAAUAUAUGCUUCUCACUCUGUUUACUUUCAGUGUAAAUUGUGGUGCAUUUAUGGAACUGUUAUGUUUGUUGUAUACUACUAUACAUUUUGUGAUAGCAGUGUAUAACAGCAUUCAAAACCAACCACGUGCAAAAAAAACUGCUCUAAGUCCUGUUUUGUCAAAGCUAUAUUCCUAGAAUAUCCAAAUUGUAGUGAACACCAAAUUUGUUUCUUAUCGUAUUCAUUCAAAUUCAAGACAUUAACAAUUCUAAGUUGCAUCCUUCUUUUGGUCCUUAGUUUCUCUAAAAGAAAAUAUUUACGUAACAUAAUUAUUUGUAUUAAGUGAAUGGUAGUAAUUGUGCGUUAGUUGUUUUAUGCAUUUUGCUAACCCCACAGCUUAUUUAGGCUGUACUGGUCGAACUUGCAUUUACUGAGCGGCUUCAACCUUAACGAAGGGUAUGCUAAGUGUUACGUUUCUUUCAGGAAUAAGUACAAGCCUUGCUUACGUGUUGCGCUUGUGGUUAUCUGCAUUUCAUCUUAAUGUAACAGUUGACUAUCCAAACUCUUAUGCCGCAUCCCGAACUACAGUCUGCUACACGACGUGUUCUAUUUAGACUUGUACAAAUGUUGAUGGGUUGACCCGCAAGUGUAGGAAUACUUCGAUAGUGUGAUUGGCACACCAUUUUCAAACCUUAAAAGCUUAAUAAAUUACCAACAAAUAGAUUCAGUGAAUGUAAAGAACCAUUGAUUUUAAGACGCACCUCAUUUGCAUAGCUCAAAAAGUCGCAAGGCAUAUUUAAUUUCAUAAUUAGAUUCUGAUUUCCUCAAAAUACCAACAAUUAGCAUUAUAUUAUGUCAUUUUGAGUGAAAAAAAUACAUUUUGUAAAUGUAGUGUUUUGCAAACUUUGGUUUUUACUGUUUCUUAUUACAGUAGAAUCCCGCUGACGCGACCCCUCACAGUUUCCGCCGGAAAAACUGACUUAUAAACGGAAUGGUCGCAAUGGAGAAUUCAGUCCAAUUUUUACACACACACACACACACCCUCCCCUCCCAAAUAUAUCCAAAUACAUAAAAAAUUGCCUUUGUUCGCAUAGAUUUCAUAUUCAAAUAGUCUAUGGUGUAAAAAAGACAACUUUUUAAAUUCAUAUUACAGUAUUUAAAUAGCAUGAUGUCUACCGAAAAAAAAUGAUACCCUAGAAAGCAAUAUUGGAGCUCCGUUGCCGAGAAAAAAAAAUUUCAACACAGUGCAACGUGUCCAUUUUCACCAUCUUGGUAUAGAAAAAUCAGACGAUUUAGUGUUCAAAUGAUAACUUUUUAUUAAUGGGUUAUUAUGUCUCUUGCGGGCUGUAUUAGUGUGGCAUUUGAAAGGUUGCAUCCCGUGACACAAUAGCAAUAUGUAAGUGACGGGUGGUCUGGCGGCGCUUAUUGAUCUGGUCUGUCCGGCUGACGUGCAGGAAUGCGAGAGGUAGGGUAAGUAUAGGAGGGGAGGGGUGUGGACGGGUAAGUGAGGGGAAGGAGAGCGGAGCUGCUGGCUGCGCACGCAUUUAGUUGCCACUGUCUGGCGACACAGACACUUGUAUUUUAUUCACUGGCUGACGAUGGGAACGUAGCAAAGUAAAUGUGUUUGUUGACUUGGGCAGGCAGUAAGUUGUUUAGGCACUAGGCCUGCGUGUCAGUUAGGCAUGGUCUGGCAGCGAAAUUUGACUUCGGGCGGGCUCGGGUGGAUAAUUGUCCAAACUUUUCAGUCUCGGGCAAUCUCGGUCGGCCUUGAACACUACUGUGUGACUGAGCAUGUGCCGUGCGUACGUGUGUGUGUGUGUGUGUGUGAGGCUGGUGACUAGCAGCAACGUUAGCUAGCGACAAACUGGCACGCUUUACACUCAUUUUCACGAAUCCACGAGUCUGUGUAGAUUCAAAAACGAGUCACAAUCGUCAACAAUGCUUUGCAAAAUCAGGCAAAAAUUGUUAGCAAAUCAAAAUCCGUGUAAAACUACGUGUGUCAACGAUCGUUCAUAGAAUCAAGCCAACAAUGUUACCAAAUCAAAAUCCAAAAACAAAUGUGUGUGUCGUCAACAAUUAUUCACAAAACCAAACCAGUAGUGUAACCAAAUCGGCGUCGAAGAAACAAAGCUAAAUAAGUCGUCAACAAUCACUAAUAAAAACCAAGAGAAAUCCGAGUCAACAAGCGAGGGUAGCGUAUCCACAAGCAAGAAGCAUGAGCAAGAUCACACUAACCAGUCGCACGACGAAGGCACGGGACCGGGACGGCAAUAGACGCGCGUAGAUGCUAUCAGGUGAUGCGCGCAGUUUACUAGUAUUGGCUAGCGUGGACAGUCUAGAGGGGUGGUAUCUAUUUUUAGCCGUCUUUUGUAUGCUUGCCUGCUUACAGUACAGCACUCGCCAAGUUAAACAUGAACACAUAGCGUCCAACAAAGUGUAACAGACUUGUUUUUCAGCAGAUUUUUACUCAAACUUUUGACUUUCUCUGCCCGAAUUUUUCACUGUUUCUCAAAAACCGGUCGUAUAAACGGAAUGGAUGCAUCAGAGGGGGGUCGCAUCGGCGUGAUUCUACUGUAUUUUAAUUUUUAAUUUGUUGUAGGAAAUUCUUGUGUGAACAUGGUGCUAAAGUAAGCCUGUGAGAAUAUUACAAUUUUGGAAUAUGAAUAAAAAUAGUUUAUUAUUCAUGUUCAAUUUGACUAUGAAUGCUAACACUUCAAAAUAAUGAUUUUUCAAUGGUGUACGAAUAAUUGACAGGAUACUUUGUAAGUUUGUCAUAUAUCAAUGUUUAUGUGAUUUGUGCUAUAAAAAAAUACCCAGUUUUGAUGUUUUAACCAGACCGCAUAAUUAAAAAAACAUGAACAAACUACAUAUACUCAACAUUUUAAACACAUAAAAAGUAUACAAAAUUAUUUCACAGUAGCAUAAAAAAUCACGUGAUAAUUGAGAACAACAACAACAACAAUAAUAAUAAUAAUCAUAAUAUUUGGCAUUUUAAAUUCAAAACAAUCUAUAAUUAAUUUUUGCCACGUGUAAUUUUAGUGUGAAAAAUAUUAAAAAAAGUCAAUGAACAUGAACUACAACACAAAAUACAAACAUGCCUUUAAGAUAGCCAUUGAAACGCAUUAGUGGGUUUAAAUGCAAAUAGGAGGUAUUUUUUGUUACAGCCUUUUUUGUAAAUAAUCUUGCAUUCUUCAUGAAAUUGAUGGGAUUUUGCUGUAUUUUUCAAUUUACGAAAAUUUUCUGAAUCAGUAUGUAGAGUAGCAUUUUCUGAGAAAUAAGCAAAUAAUAACUGAAGUGUAAAGUUGGUUAGGUAAGAUGCAUGAAAACACAUUUUUUCAAGAAAGUAAAAAUUUUAACAAAGAUUUUACAUAUUUGUUAACUGCCCUAUCCUAAACAAUCUCUCACUAAAUUAUUAUUUGUCUAAUUUUCUGAAGCCACUGCUCUUCUUAUUUACUAUAUCCUUUUCCAACUAUUUGUCCGGUAUGAAAAACAAAAAAAUAUUUUAGUGAAAUUUCAACUGUUUUUGAGUAUGAAUAUUGAAUCGAAAUAGUAAGAAAAGAAAUCAUUUAGUAUUCACAUUUUGAUUUGUGCUUAAAAGGUGUAGUGCUAUGCCAAUAAUGCCUUUCUCCUGUCACAAAUUAACAUUGUGCCUGUGCUUUUUUUAUUUAUGAGGUAAAUGAUUAUAGCAUAUAACAUUUAGAGUUGAUAUGUCAUUCUUUAGAAUAUUACCAGCAAUUUUACUGCUGAGCACCGUUCUUUCAAAAGUUGUUAGAGGUAAUACAGCUUAUUGGAGAUUGUUUGUUUUAAAGGUGAAAACCAGCAGCUUUUUGUCAUAUUUUCAGCCAGAUUUUGUGUUUUAAUUUUGUGAUAUCUGUUCUCUAGAACCUAAUUACUAUGAUUGUAUUAUGUAGUACGUACUAAUAAUGCAGGUUAUUAUAAGUGUGUCAAUCCAGACCACACUGGCUAGGUAUGGCCAGUGGCAUAAGCAAUACUCUGCAGAGCUGAGGAGGACAGGGUUGGGCAGUGCUUCAAGUGCGGACCAAUUGCUUCGUCUUUAUUGUAGGGCAACAUUGCUGCUAUAGACCAUUGAGAUUUAAAAAAAAAAGAAUUCUACUUAUAAAGUUUAUUGUGCGAAUUAAUAACUCUUUUCCAUAUGAAUAAAUAAAUUGUAGAUACUUGAAAUAAAAUAAAAUAAAUAUGGUAGCUUCAAUAGUUAGCCUUCACGAAAACUGAGGAGUAGACAAACACAAGCAGCAUUAUGCAAAUUCCGUAGCAUCACUGCUGCAUCAUUUCUACCUCUCCCUUGCCGUUACAACUAGCAUAUAGCCAUGCGUUGGAGUGGCGUCCCCGCUGACGCACUCUCCUCUACCGGUUCCCCUCAUACGAUCUGACUCUUCAUAACGCUCAGAAGUUGUAACCCCCUCAUCGAAGAAGUUUCACUUCAACACGUGAAAUAAUUGCAGUAUCAUUUGUCCAGAAUCAAGAUGAUUGCACUCAGGUGUAGGGUUUGUGAGUAUUCAAAAAUUAUUUCGUACUCAUGAAUAAUUAACUUAACAUUGACAACCUGAAUAUAAACUCAUGUAGGUAGUGUGUUGACACACUUAACUUUUACACUUCCACUCUUCUAGAUUAUUGGUGAAGUUUAAUAAUUAUGUCACAAGAGAUCUCAUUUAUGGUCAGAUAUUAUACUUGUGUGUUGGUGUGUGUGUGUGUGUGUGUGUGUGUGUGUGUGUGGUGAGUUGUUUAUUUUGUUGUGUGUUUCUAAUAUACAUAGAUACUCUACAUGCAUUUAAAUGUAUAGUAACUGUAAUCUGCUUGUGGUGGUUUUGACUGAGGAAAUAUCUUGGAGCAAUACCAAAUGUGUUUUCUGCUAAUGUGAAUGUAAUUUUUAUGUAUUUAAUUUACAUGUAUUUAACUGUCUACGUUCAAAAUUCCCUUCAAACGUAUAAAUCCAAAUUAUAAACUGCCAGUAAAUAUUUUUAAAUCAUGUAUAUUUACCUUGCUGACUUUGGUAGUCUCAAAGCAGUUGAUUGUCAGUUGCCCAAUUUUGUUACAUAUACUUUGUGCCUACUCAUUUUUUCAAAUAUGUUCUGUAAAAGGCUCUAGUAUAUAGUGCAAAAAUAAUACACUAUACAGUUAAUAGUCAUCUUCUAAAACUGAUGUAGACAGCAUUUAUUGUAAAUUAGAUGCAUUUUUGUUAAUAACCAUGCAUCUUGUUUGGAUGAAAAAGGGAAGAAUUGAGUUCCAUCUUGGAAAUAUGUCACAAGGAACUUAAAACCUGUUGGUUUGUUAAAACAAAGAAACAAACACGUGAAUGCAUAUGAGACGAAUAAAUGCCAGAAUAACAUGUGUGAAUUUUAUGUGUUGUCUGUCUGAAGAAUAAAUGAAAGUUAAGAGUUUUAUGUUACCAAAAGUAAUCUAGAAAUGCCAUGUAGUGUAGAAUAUUAUGAACUAUGCUGUAUGUGCUAAUAUUAUGUCACCUCACACAUAUUAUGUUUACGCACAAUGAACAAUUCCCUUUAAUGUGAGCUUCCAAGUACCGAUUCAUAAAGAGAGAUGUACAAAACUGUUGUGUGCUAAUUUUUCCUUGCAGAACUUUCUGAAUGUGCUAUUUUUAUGCAGAUAUUUUGAAAUUGAUGUGUUUUAAGUGUUGAUAUUACAGAAAAUCAUUCCUGCUAGUUUGUUGUGUUAUUGGCCAGUUGAACCGUGCAUAGUGUUAAGAUAUUUGUAAUAUUUACACGUGUGGCUUGCAUCAAACAUAUCCUUUGUGACUCCAGUAAGAAAUGUGACAUAUCAGAAGCAUACUCAGUAUUCUGCCUGAUUUCACAUUUAUAGUUUUUUUUUUAUUGAACUUAUUAAUGAGACUUUUAAAAAAUUUAUUAAUAAAAAAAGGUUUUGUCAUUUUAAAUUGUUCAUUUAUAUAUUCUUAAAAGUAUUAAUAUAAUAUAAACACUGUCAAUUGCUUCAUGAUGUGAAUGUAUGUGUUCUUUUAAUGUGUAUUUUCGUAAAUAAGCCUGGGAAUUUUUUUAUUUUGAAAUGUAAUUUUUUUCUCUUUCAUUUUGAUAAUUUUACUGAAAACCAUUAAAUGAAUGUUACAGAGACACUGGAAGAGGAUUUCAUGGUGUUCUCAAAACUAAAGGGAAAAAGGGAAAAAGGGAAAAAAUCUGUCAAAAAACUACUUGCAAUUAACAUUACAAAUAAUAACUACAGUACAACCAGUUUAAGAUGACAUGACUUAAGACUUCUUCCUGCCUAAAACUCCAGAAUAAUAUAGCACCAAAAUCUUCCCAUACCAUUAACUUUAACAACUAUCUUUUAUUAAGUUUUGGAGUUAUUAGAUUUUCUCGUUUAGUAAGCAUCAAGUAAACACAAAAAUAUAAUUUUAUAUUAAAAUAUUCCUUGCCUACUACUUUGUCCAAAUGCAUCCUAACCACUGUGAAAACACGUGUGUGUUAGUUAUUGAUGUUUCAGUCCCGGUUCUCAGCAAAUUAACUGGCACCAAGAACCGUUGAUUCACACCCGCCCCUCGAAGGAACGCUGUUCGAUUAGCGUGGUUUCGAAGUAACAGCGCCAAUAAAUUACGACAUGAUUUAAUGUAGCGUGAUCAUAGAUUCGAAAAAGUGCUGUUUUCAUGUGAAUUUGUAUUUCUCUUAAAGCAUUAUGGCAAUGGCACUUGCGUAGCAUUAAAUACAAUGCAACGAAUUAAUAAUGUGAAGAAUCAGGAAACAAUAUUUGGUUUUUUCCUUAAUAGCUACUCGCUUCCUUCAUUGCAUAUUUAUGUUCGACAAUGCCCGUGUGUUCGGCCAAUGAUUAUUUUCGCCAUCCCGUAUGUGAGCAGCAGCUCUGGAGUGAAGCCUGAAGCUUCCAGGGCCAGUGUACCUCGCACAUACCAGGAUGCACUAGUGGCAGAUCAUCAUUUCAGUUUCAAUUUAUUUCCAUGGAUUCUUUUAAAGAGAACAUUUUUUUAUUUGGGCUGUUGUAACCCAUUUCACUAAACUCACCUAAAUGUUCCAACAUCUGAAACCUUGUUGUGCAGAAGGAAAAACAGUUUUCGUUCUCUGUGACACAGACCAGCAAUGGCGAAGUGGGGUGUGCCUGAGUGAACUCUUUUGAAAGAUGCACUUCGUUUUUGUCCAUAAACACUUAAGUCCACUGAAUGGUACAACUAUUAUUGUCACCUACCUAGUGGCAUGAAUCUAUGCACUGAACACAUUAAGUUUUGACAGCGUUACAAACGUUUAUUAAUGAAAGUUUUUCAAUUCUGUUUUUAUUGUGCAUAACCAUAAAAUCAGUGUUAGCAGCCAAAAGUUUAUCUUUUACAAUAAUCAGCCAGUUUCAGUUUUAAAAAAUAACUAACCUGUUACAAUUUCUCGACUGGGUGACAGUCGGAGAGCCACAAAGCUAGAGUGAGCUGGGUAUGGAAAGUGAUGUUUUUAAGAGGUUGGUAGGAAAGGUGUUUGUAUUAGCAUGAACCAGAAGUGAGCUUAAAAUUGGAUUAUCGAUGAGUGGGUGAAGCUAGCUGACUUUUCACAUUCUGUUGUCACACUGUUGUGUAGGGAAGAAAUAUUGCCUGGUUGUUGCCUGGCAAUGGUCUGGUUUGUUUGGCCUCACUUUCACUAGGAAAUGCUUCAUUUGGACUUUUCCAAUAUCUUUGAGUGUUAACACACUUAGUUCCCAUAACACACAGGCUCUUGAAAAUCUAACAUUAAUUUGGAUAAGAAAUAUAUAUAACAUAACAUGCUAGUUGUACAGCUGAAAACACUAAAAGGAAAUAUAACAUAAGAAAUGUUCAGUACUGUUGUUACCAAAGUUUUGAAGGAUACUUUCCUAGUGCUUGGCUUCCCCCUAUCUUCCCGCACGGAGUGACGAGUAUUCCCCUUGAGCCAAUCACAUCCUUGCAGUCACAGGCCAGCAAGGUACCAACCUUCCUGCAAACAUUCAGCUGCCUAUUAUUAAUUAUUGGUGAUCUAUCGUGACGACUUUGUGAAAGGUGAUUUACAUUACGUAAGUUGUAUGGGUUGUUUUAUUUAAAACAGAUUAAGAAUGUUAAUAUUCAUUCAUAUAAGAUUUUUUUUAAACCUGUAUAUUUUGCUUACUAUUAAAAUUAAACACUUCUGACAUAUUCAUAGCAUACUGCUUACUCCUUAAAGUUUAAUUUUUUAUUUACUCUUAUUUUUUUAUGGGUAUAAAAUUAUGCUGGUCAAAUAAUGUUCCAUGGUUCUGUGUUAAAUUUUUUUUUGUAUGUUAAAUACAACUUUUGGCUUUGAUGUUUGUCACUCUGAAUUAGUUAUUUAGAACCUUAUUGGACAAAAACAGGGUGUUUUUAGACUGGCACAAAGCGUGGAGGCAGUGGGCGGCAUACCCGUUUUCCUCCCCUUCUUCCCCUCAACCCUUCCCCCUUCCUGUACAGGGUCUACCUUUCCCUGUUGUAAAUAACAGGCAACAGCAGUAGGCAUCUAGAUACUAGAUAUGAACUAUAUGAGAGGAAAUGUCAACCGGUAAGCAUUGAGUAGGUGUUGGUCCUGGCAGACCGGGCAUCUUACGUUUACGAGUUCUUGGCAGUCGAGCGCACGCGACUUUUAUUUAUUGCCUGUGCAAAUAUAUGAAUUUUUGAAUAAGAAUAAAAAACUAUUCCUAUUUGUUUGAAAUAACAAAUAUUUGUUUGUGUUUCAACAAAUAGAUUGCACUGGAUUUCACUGUAUUUUGUGGUCCACCAAAAUUUUCUGGAUGAGUAUGUAGAGUAGCAGGUAGUGGAAAAUUAGGCGAAUAGGAAGUGAAAUUAAAGGUUGGCUGGUAUGUUAGGUUAGGUUAGUUAGAUUAGGUUAGCUGCAUAAUUAAAGAAAUUAUUUCAUAAUUUAAAUUUUUUAAUAAGUAUUUUCCAUAUAAUUAUUGUAGCUGACUUGACUUAACCAACCUUUUACUUUAUUAUUAUUUGUCUAGUUUUCUAGAAGUUGUUACAUGACAUGAAAACAAAUUUGUAGUGGGAUUAUAAUUCUCAUUCUUACUAUUCUAAUUUGAUAUUCAUAUUUGAUUCGAACUAAAAAUUGGAUAUUCACACAGGCCUACUAAUAAAAAUUUCCUGGAGAAACUCAGUUAAAAGAUUCAGAUUUGAAAACGGUAGUAAUUUUCUUCCUGUAACAUUCAUUUUAAUUAGAGAUGGGGCGACCAAUUCUUAGAUCGGAUGUAGGAUUUUUGUCAAGAUACGUUUAUAUUUUAUUUAGUACUGACUGCAUGUCUGCAUGUGAUUCAGCAGUAAGUUAUGUUAGUUCAAAUAUAAUUAACACUGGUUUUUUCAAGAGAUUUUUGGAUUCGAAAAUGUAAUUUAAUAGUGUGUCGUUCUUUGAAUUAUUAGUUUAUGUAUUAACAGUGUGCUGAUUUUCAUAUUUUGUGGACCAUAAAAAGUAAUAGGCUUGGAUAGCAUUUUUUAAUAUUCGGGUUGGGAUUUGAGAUUCUGUAAUGUUAGAUAAAGAUUUGAAUAUGGAUUCAGAUUCUGAAAAAAAUUGUGUUUGCCCUAUCUCAAAAUUUUUAAUGUAUCCAAAUACGAAACUGCACUAUAAUCAUUCAUAAUCAGUGUAUAUGAAACUGGUUUUAUUACAUAUAUAUUUUUUCCAUCUUCCACUAAUCUCUGUGUGUUACCAAAAGAAAGGCAUUCUGUAAAAAAAAAAAAAUGCUCUAUUGUUUCAGUGUAUCAUUUAAUUAGUUAAUGAGAUUUCUAAGCAAGUUUUUUAUGGUGGGUGAUAAGUUUGUUUCCACAUGUGUUUCAGCAGCCGUCCUACCCCUGCUGACUGCCGUUAGUAGUCACAGAACACAAAUCACAUUACUAGUGGGGCCAAACGUUACAUUCUAGUGUUGGGAUGCGUGUAAUUGUUUUGCAGUGAGCUGUUUCCUAUGUGAUACGUCAAUGGGGUGCUUGUUUUUUGUAAGUCCUUGUCAGAGCUGAAGGGAACUGCUCUUAUUGGUCAGUAGUGCUCGCAGAUUGGAGUAUAUUUUCAUUAGAAGAAGACUCACUUGUUUGCAUACAGUAUUCAACUUGCUAUAUUCAGUGUUAAAAUAGACUUAUUUUUUGGCAACAAAUAUUGUACCUAUUUUAAUUUGUUGCAAAAAAAAAUGUUUUGAAAAUUAAAAAAAAUAAUACUAAUUUAGUCUAAAAUAAUUGUGGUGCUUUCAUUUUAAAAAUAAUUAGAAGAUUCUACAAUUUGAAAAUGACAAAGAUUUUAUUGCAAAAUGUAUUACAAAAUAUGGUUUUUAAUGUAUGAAAGUUUAAUGUGGUUUUAGAUGUGUUGUAAAUAUUACUUUGUUAUAUUAUUUGGCCAAAGAUAAUUUAAGGCCACUGUAGUGUUAUGUUAAUGAUGUGUUUACAUUUGUUUCUUAAUUGCGAGAUUGUAUACACUUGCUGCAGAAAGGGUGUGCUAUUGAAUUAUGGCAGUAAAAAAUACAUUAAAUCAUUCUUUAUAUUUA